AUGGCACCCCCAGAACCCAGGAAACGCAUCGUGGUGUGCUGCGACGGCACUUGGCUCGACAGUGACGGCGACUACCAGACGCCCAGCAACGUCACUCGAAUCGCCAGAGCCAUUCCUCCCGUAGGCGUCGACAAGUCCACCACUCCCCAUCACCCCAUCCCUCAGGUCAUCUUCUAUCAGAAUGGCAUUGGCACCGGCUCCCCGUCCUUGUACGACAGAUUUAUCGGAGGCGCCACAGGUGAAGGGCUAGCGGAGCACAUCCGAGAAGCCUACAGCUUCAUCUGCCUGAACUAUAACCCCGGAGAUGAGAUUUUCUUGCUGGGCUUCUCGCGAGGGGCUUUCACCGCCCGUUCAAUCUCGAGCUUGAUCAACGCGGCUGGUCUGCUCACGUCGAAAGGCCUGGAAUAUUUUGUCCAGGUCUUUGAAGACUGGGAGUUUCAGCAGAAGAAGGACUUCAAGACCAAGUGGCCACAUCUGCCCUUCGAUGGCCACAAACCCCCGGUCACUGAUCCCCACUACCAGCGCCAGCUCAUCGAAAAAGGUCUAACACGGCCGAACAUCAAGGUCAAAUGUGUCGCCGUCUGGGAUACCGUCGGUGGACUAGGCAUCCCCAUGAUCGGGCUCUUGCCCCAGCCACCCAGCACGGACUUUGCCUUUGUUGACACGCGGGUCGAGUCGAACAUCGAGUACGCGUUCCAGGCUCUCGCCCUCGACGAACACCGGCGGUCCUUUUCCCCCACCAUCUGGGACUGGCCACAUGUCGAGCCCAACGACUUGAAGAUUCUCAAGCAAUGCUGGUUCCCCGGUGUGCAUAGCGACAUUGGCGGCAGCUACGAUGACACUGCCCUUGCAAAUCUCACCCUCGCGUGGAUGAUCAGCCAGCUCGAUCCCAUUCUCACAAUCAACCACGAGUACAUCUUGAGCUUCAUCACGCCAGUGCAAAAGGACGAUCUGACUCUCGCCGGGCGACACCAAACAUUCACCCACGAAGGCCGCAUGGCCACAGUCAGGAAUACCGCACCACAUGCACGCCCGUGGGGUCUGGGCAAAAUCCACGACAGUAUGAGCCCCUUCUUCAAGCUAGGCGGCUCGCGGAUUCGCACCCCUGGCGAGUACCGCGAACAAGAACUCGCUUCCCAACAUGGCGUGGCUUUUUGGAUACUGUACAAAAUCUUCCACCGCUUCACCAGCCGCUUAGAAGAUAAGCACCACGCCCUCCCGCGGCUAAGGAGGACCAACGAAACGAUCCACAGCAGCGUCCGUAUCCGCAUGGGCAAAGACGGUCUGGGCUACAAUGACAAGGGGAAAUACGAUUCGGAAGCUCUCGAAGGGUGGGUCAUGCACGGCGUCGAAACCAAUCCGGACACGCCCAUUGCCAUUAGUGCCCCGGGAGCCGUGGGCAAGAUGACAGGUGUGUUGUGGAAAAAGCAAGUCUACCCGGAGAAGGUCAUCGAACGUCCCUCCCCCAACGGGGAGAAGAAGGGCAAAGUCGAGAUCUUUGAGGACAAAGGCAAAACACACUGUCUCGAGCUGGAAGAAGAGCCGCUGGGCGACUUUGAACGGAAAAUUCUCCAAGAGUGGCCUGUCGGCGACAUCAAGAAGGAUUUUGACACCAUCGUCCCCGGAAGACACCAGCAGAGCGUGGAUCGCGCACAUACUGUGCCCUUGGACAUGCAUGGCCAUGGUCGGGGCUCGAGCAGCAGUGCUGGUGCGAAGUCCGCAGGCAGGGAAGGAGAUCCGUUGACCGUGCAGACGGGCAAGUGGAGGAGCGAGACCACUUAG